AACUACCGCUGGCCACUGGCGCCUACCGAGUGUUUCUUAUUUCUUGUCAGUGUUUAGUAUUCACCAUUCAAUAACGACGGUAACUAUAUUGUUGGCAGCCGGCAGGUACCUCGUCUACUGAAUUUCGUCAUUUCGGUUUGUGUAGUUUAUUCAUUAUAAUAUAGGUAUUUUUUAUCGUUCUACUGUCGUUCAGUACGACCAUCUUUUGCUAUGCGCCUGUGCUAUGUGAUCACUAAGUAGUUCACUACCGUAAGAAAAUAAUUAUCUGCGUGCUGUGUGGAGAACGUCGGAAUUUCUCAUCAUCUCUAGAUUUUACCACACGACCAAUUUUGAACUACUAUGGAAUCUAUUAAAAGAGUGCUUUCCAUACAGAGCCACGUUGUUAGUGGAUAUGUGGGUAAUAAAUGCGCUGUAUUUCCAUUACAGAUAAUGGGUUUUGAAGUGGAUGCUAUAAAUUCUGUUCAAUUAUCAAACCAUACAGGAUAUAAAACUUAUUACGGCCAAAUAUUAAACGAAAGUAAUUUAUCGGAAUUAAUAAAUGGUCUUGUUGAAAAUGAAUUGCAUAAUUAUUCGCAUUUAUUAACUGGUUAUAUUAGAUGUCCAAUGUUCUUAAAGAAAGUUGCGGAAGUUUAUAAAACAUUGAAAAAGAAAAACCCAGAUUUGAUAUAUGUUUGUGAUCCUGUAAUGGGGGAUAAUAAGAAAAUGUAUGUUCCGAAAGAAAUAUUAGAUGUCUAUAAGAAUGAAAUUAUACAUUUGACUGAUAUCCUUACACCGAAUGAAUAUGAAUUAGAGUUAUUAACUGGUACUACUAUAACAACCCCUAAUGACAUUUAUAAGGCCAUGAAUAUAUUAUAUGCUCAGGGUUGUAAGACAGUUGUUGUGUCAUCUUCCAACAUAUCAUCAAACUCUGUUAUGAAGUGUAUUGGAAGAAAUUUCUCUUAUGAGGAAUAUGUAGAAUUAGAAAUUCCUAUCAUUGACCAAUCCUUUAUUGGUACUGGAGAUUUUUUUACUGCUUUGUUAUUGAUAUGGAUGAAUUUAUCUAAUAAUGACUUGAAACAUUCCAUCGAAAAAACAGUUGCAACUAUUCAAGCAGUAUUAAAACGUACCAUAAAAUAUACAAAUGAAAAUGGUUCAAAGGAUCCAAUAAGUAGUAAAGAAUUAAAAUUAAUUCAGAGCUUGAGUGAUAUUCAAAAUCCUGAAGUAACAAUAUUUGGUACUAUAAAUAAAGUUGUAUAAUUAUUUUUUAAUACAUUUAUUUAUAUAUCACAAUAGCUUAUACAAAUAUUGUAGUUAAUUAUUAGAAUAUAAUUUAAAGGAAAAAACUACAUAAUAUAGUUGAUAUUAGGUAAUGUACGAGAAUCUGAACUAUCAAAUAAAUUCAUGAGCUUAAAAUAAAAUGUACCAAUAAUUUAUUGUGAAAAUUACCAAAUAGUAUUUACUACUUUAUUGUUAUACAUAAAUAUAUGAACUUGUUGAAAAUAUAUGUCUUCCAUAUACAACUGUGAAUUUUGAAAGCUUCCAAUAAUAAUAAAUUGUACUUACUGUUUUUAACCAGUUACAAAUUUGUAUAUUGUAUUGUUAUAUGAUAGAGAAAAUCAAACUGUUUUAUUAAUCUACAUAAUUAUAUUAUACAUAUUGUAUUAAUGUGUUUUA